AUGAACUCCAACCUCCGCGCCUUCAACCUCGCCGUCCAAACCCUCCUCACCAACCCAUCCCAAUUCCUCCCCCACCUAACAAUCCCAACCUUCACCUCUCUCCCAGAGCAACUGGGUCCAGCCAUCGCCUCCUCCUCCGCCUCCACCACCUCAUCGACACCCACCAACCCCCCCGACAACCCCGAGAAACCCCCCAAAAUCCAAAUCAAAGCCCUCAUCCUCGACAAAGACAACACCCUCAGCCCCCCCAAAACCACCCACCUCCCCGCCCCCAUCCUCCAAAAACUGACCUCCCUCCGCACCUCCCCAACAUCCCCCUUCACGGCCCCGUCCUCAAUCCUCAUCGUCUCCAACCGCGCCGGCUCGCACCCCUCCUACGACUCCGAGAUCCACUCCCUCGAGUCCCAACUCGCGCACCUCUCCAUCCCCGUCUUCCGUCUGCCCCCCGGAGCAAGCAAGAAGCCGUUCUGCGAGAGCGAGGUGCUGGCGUGGUUUAAAGAGCGCGGGGUUGUCGAGCAUGCGGGUGAGAUUGCCGUCGUUGGGGAUCGGUUGGGGACGGAUGUGUUGAUGGCUGUGAGGAUGGGGGCUUGGAGUGUUUGGUGUCGGGAUGGGGUGUUGGAUGAGAGCGGCGGUGUAAGGGCGAAGGGGGUGCUGGAGAAGAUGGAGGUUUAUAUGGAGAGGUACUUGAGGGAGGGGAGGGGGUUGAGGGCGCCGUGGCCGGCUCGUCCUUAUUCUUCGGCUUCGGGAUCGGGUUCGUCGAAGAAGACGGUUGGGUGA